GGUUCUUAAUGAGCAACCCUCCUCUUCUGCAGGUUCUCUUAUCUCAUGUGUAGAAGGAUCCAAUGCCCAGAUAGAUAUCUAUGUUUCAGUCUAAGGUCAUAAAAUGUAAUAAUUUGUUAAGCAAAGCAGUUAAACCUGUUAUUGUUACUCACUUUAACUUUAAAAGAUUGAUUCAGGAUUUAUGAAAUGGUAAAUGCUGUAUUAACUGAAUGUUGCAUGCCAACAUAAACGCUUAACUCAAGGUAUGGCAGUGUCUAAGUGCCACUGCUAAUGUGGCAAGCUACACAUUUGUCUGUCGGACCUUUUGAGCCAUCAGAUGUUGGAUGCUGCUGAAUGUUGGAAUCGGGCCAAGGAGUGAAACACAUUCCUGGAGGAGUUGAGGGAGUCCGUCUUAAGCUUAUAAGAAACCAGCCUGCUCACACCAUGCCUGUCAAAAUGACCUGCAGCUUAAAUUGCCAUUAUUGGAACGGCUUGGGACAUGGAAGUGUGUUGCCAUGGUGAUCAUUUACAAGAAAACACUGGAAAAGAAGGGUGCCGAUGAUGUAACAUCCAAACGUACGGAUUUGGGCACGUUCCAGGCGCAGACCAUGAGCCAAGGGGCGGCACUUUUCACUUGUGGACUCAUGGAAACAAGCCGAUGGCGUGAGGUGGGACACAGCUGUGCCAUACAGCAGAGGCCAGUUGGGACCAGCCUGGAGAACCUGUGGUACACCGAGGUACACAGAAGUUCUGCCAACUGGGACUGGGAUGUUGGCUCUACUUCAAACACAAUCACCAAAUUGUUGCAGGACCUCAGCCUGACUGAGACGGCAUCCUCGCACUCCACGGCUCCGCCCAGCAAGCGCCAGUGUCGAUCCCUGUCUUGCUCAGACGACUUUGGUGGUUGCCGCUCCACCUGGCGCCCUCAGAGCUCUCGCGUGUGGACGGCUGUGGAGAAAAGGAGGUGCCAUAGCGGAGGCAGCGUCCAGCGGAGCGGCGUUGGAAAUGUGCAGCUUGGCUUCCCGGCCAUGCAACGCAGCUCUAGCUUCAGCCUGCCCGCCCGCUCCAACAUUUUGGAGCCACCCUGCCUCACCCAGCGCAUACAAUGGCCUUCUGCCUUCAGCGGCUUUACACCCUCCACCUCAAUGCCCCUGCCCUCCGAGCCGUCAGUCCAGCCCUUCUACCUCUCUCAUGAACAAAUUUGCCUCCCAGAGCCUCGAGCAUCCUCGCCACACAGCUCUCCAGACUCCACUCCGGAGCUGGAGCGCCGCGGUGGACAGGGUGGUCUUGCCCGUAGUCGCUCGCAACCGUGCGUCCUAAAUGACAAAAAGAUUGGAGUGAAGCGCAGGAGACCAGAUGACACACAUAAACAGAGGCCUUCACUGGAUCUGGCAAAAAUGACCCAGAAACUUCGGAAUUUCCACAGCCUUAGCUGCCCUGGAAUCACAGGCGAUGACAUAUGCGAGUCGAGCCAGACCCUCGCCGCUCUCAGGUGCACUUAUCGCUGCGAUUCCGACGACUCGUCUGCAAACGAGCACAGCUUGGAGGACGCUCAGCAUCAGUCCAAAGACAGCGAGAUCACCAGGAACCAGCCGUCUGGGACGACAGAGGACGCAGACUGGAACUCCACAGACCAUGGUGACACAACACCAGGAACCACCAACAGAAAGGACAGUGAGCCUCUGUGGGCGGGGCUGUGUAGCACAAGGAAGGAUGUGUAUCAGCUGGGAGGCGAGCUCGAUAUCGAGCAAAUCGAGAGAAACUGAUUUAAGAUGCGAUCCUCCUGUGGAAACUCAUUCUAACCAAGAGGUGUUGGAAGUUCAUCAGGUGGUACAAUCAAUCGUACUGAUAGUCUUAAGGAGGAAGCACAUGAAAUGCUAAUGCAGCAAGCGUAUCAGCACUUGUCUUUUGUUUUUUCUUGAGGAGAGACUGAACAGGAGCUUUGUGUAUGAGGACUCCAUCUAGUCAAAAGUGACUCACCCCACUGUGUGGUUUCUCAACUGUGUCUCAGGAGAAAAAGGAAGUCAGGGAGGACAGAUUUGAGUGGAAAUGCAACUUAAAAGUGUAAAAAAAAAAAAAAAAAAAGAAGAAAAAGAAAUUAUAUAUUAAUGUUGGCUCAGAGCUUGGGGUCACUAACAUUUCUCUUUGACCCUGAUUAGCCUAAUUGUGCUUUUUUUUGGAGAGAAUUCACAGCAGGUUUGUAUAAAUUCUCUACACUAGAAAGAGUGCCUCUUAAUCCGACUAUUUUUAAUAGCACAUAGGUACAUGAUGGAGAGAAAUGGACACUGCUUCAAGAGAAACUGUUAGUAAACCCCUUUUCAAUCUUACUGAGAAACAAGCUGCACGCACACAACACCAAUAAAGUAUACUGAAGAGCUUAACAUUUCCCUCAGUAAUUCAGGCCUAACUCUGACAUUUAUGCCCCUGAAUGUCUAAAAGAAACUAUGAGAUGCUACUAGGGUUAAUAUUCUUUCUUUUUACGAUUUGUAACUACAAAGUUAUGUAAACAUGAGCAUAAUUUCUAUACAAAUAAACACAGUUUUAAAUGUG